AUGAAGGAGGUAAUCCUGAUGAAAUUGAAAUUACAUCUGAAGGAAGCAAGAAAACAACUCCAAAGAGACCUAGCAAAGGUGGUGGACAAGGAGAGUGUAAACAAUUUAGAUACUUCAUCAUCUGACUUCACUGUGGUGCAGGAGAUUGAAGAUCCAUCCUUGAGCCAGGAAAAUGAGAAAAUACUCGACAUUUUGGGGGAAACUUGUAAGUCUGACCCACUAAAAGAAGAAGGUUCCGACCUGGAGCAGCCAUUUUCACAGGAUGCAAGUAGCGUGGGGCCAAACAAAAAGCUUGCAGAGGAAGAGGACAAUUUUGUCACCGAUCAUCCAGAGGAGGGAAGCAAUUAGAUUUGGACAGCGAGUCAACACAAGCAAUUGCAGAAGGCAGAAAAGCACUUAGAUAUAGUGAAAAGGGAAAAAAGCGAGCAGAAAGUAUACGAAGAGAAAAUGGACUCUGACACAGUAGUGGUAGAGAACCUAAAUGAUCAGAGUAAAGCAACAGCAUCAGAGAAUGCAGAAGCUUCUAUCGAGGAAGCCCAGGAAAUGCCAGAGAAAGCCUCAAGCCCGAAACCAAAGAUAGCAAAGAAGACACUAAGAAAAAGUGAAGAUGAAGCUAUUAAUGAAGAUUCAUCUGCUACUAAAGAGUCCUCUACCAAUGAGGGCGGUGAUCAGAAAAUGAGCUCUAUUGAAGAGGACUCAGAUACCAAAAGAGUCUCCAAAGAUGAAAAAGGUCAUGCCACUAGCAGUUGUGGUAGAAACUUUUGGGUUAGUGGACUUUCUUCUAGUACCAGAGCUAUAGAUUUGAAGAAUCUUUUCAGCAAAUAUGGAAAGGUUGUUGGUGCCAAGGUGGUCACUAAUGCUCGAAGUCCUGGGGCUCGGUGUUAUGGUUUUGUCACAAUGUCCACAUCUGAGGAAGCAACAAAAUGUAUUAACCACCUUCACAAGACAGAGCUUCAUGGGAAAAUGAUCUCAGUAGAAAAAACAAAAAACGAACCUGCUGGGAAAAAAACUUCAGACAAGAGAGAAAGUGAUGGAAAGAGAGAAAAAUCAACUAAUAGUGACAGAUCUACGAACAUAAAAAGAGAUGAUAAAAUGGACAAAAAAGAUGACACUAGAAAAGAAGAUGGAAGUGAUGAGAAGGAUAAAGAUGAACAGAAACCUGGAUCUGAUCGAGCGAGAGCUACUAAAUCAGGAAGUCGAGGAACAGAGAGGACUGUAGUAAUGGACAAAUCCAAAGGAGAACCUGUUAUCAGUGUAAAAACAAGUGGAGGAAAAGAGGGAGUCUCAAAGAGCCAAGAUCGCAAAUCUGCCAGUAGAGAAAAACGAUCUGUUGUAUCAUUUGAUAAGUCCAGAGACCAGCGGAAGAUGAGAGAUUCCGAGUCCCGAAGGGCAUGUGAAUGGAGUGAAAGAGAGGAACGAAUUCAAGCCUUACAGGAGCGAGAAGAAAGAGAACGCCUGGAAAUAGCUCGUGAGAGACUUGCUGUUCAAAGACAGCGCCUAGAAAGGGAAAGAAUGGAAAGAGAGCGACUGGAGAGGGAGAGGAUGCAUAUAGAGUAUGAGAGGCGCAGAGAACAAGAGCGAAUUCAUAGGGAGAGGGAAGAACUCCGCCGACAGCAGGCCCUCCGUUAUGAGCAAGGAAGACGACCUGCAAUCAGACGCCCUUAUGAUGUGGAUGGCAGGCGGGAUGAUUCCUAUUGGCCAGAAGGAAAGAGGGCAGCACUGGAUGACCGAUACCAUUCUGAAUUUAGCCGCCAAGAUCGCUUCCAUGAUUUUGACCAUAGAGAUCGUGGCCGGUACCAGGAUCAUUCAGUGGACAGGAGAGAAAGUUCAAGGUCAAUGAUGGGAGACAGAGAUGGGCAGCACUAUGCAGAACGCCGUGGAGGACCAGAUCGCCGUGGACGGGAAUCCCGAGAUGAGUGGAGCAGUUAUGGAUCUGAGAAGAGAAUGAGCAAGGGAAGAGGGCUGCCUCCUCCACCCAGGGGACGAGACUGGGGAGACCAUGGUCGAAGGCUAGAUGACCACCAAGAUCGCUCAUGGCAAGGAAAUGUAGAUGGAGGAAUGAUGGGUCGAGAUCAUGAGAGAUGGCAAGGUGGUGAGAGAAGUAUGUCUGGUCACUCUGGACCAGGCCAUGUGAUGAACCGAGGAGGGAUGUCGGGGCAUGGCAGCUUUGCAGGUGGAAAUUCGGGGCAUGUGAUGCAGGGUGGUGGAAUGCAAGGUGGAAUUGGAGAACAGGACAGAGGGAACAGACCUAAUGACACCCGCUUUACUCGCCGCUACUGAAUAUUUUAAAACCUAUGUUAAUGUCAUAUAGCAACAGUGAUGCAUUCUGUUUGCCAGGGCUACCUUGAACUGUGUAAUAUUUUUUUUAUCUGCUCCCAUAUUGUAGCUCAAUACAAUGUGAAUUUUAUUCUGUUUGAGUUUUUUUUCUUUUGUUAAUAAACGUGUUCCUGUUCACACACCA